UUGUGUGCUGCAUACUCAAGCAUGCCUCAAAGAAUACAGAAAUCUAUAAAGUAGAUUAAUUUCUUACGACAAGCUUAUGUAUUUAUAAUUGAUUAUUAAUGUAUUAUAUUUGUUAUAACAUAAUAUUUGCUUAACUUUGUUUUUAACACUUAUGUUUUGAUAGUAGUUGAGGGUUUUAUAGUUAUUACUGCUUAGCAUGGUGGCACCACUGUAGACUGUAGAGCUCUCUGACUCUCUCUGUGUUCUGUGUGUAGAAGUAGUGGAAUUAUCGAAAAAGUUAGACGAGAGUAACGUUUUUAAACAGUGUUUCGUCAAAGGAGUGUGAUAAUGGAGCUUUACUCAGGCCACAAACUUUUGUUAAAGAUGCUCUAUCCAUUGGAUUACAGAGGAAUUUCUUAUAUUCUGCAAAUUCCACAAGAGGAUUUCUAUCUUUUGAAGAACGGCAGACGUAUUCCUCAAAAUGAAGCUAACACUUUUGGUAAAGUUGAAGUUGUUUUUCGUUUGGUGGGCGGUAAAGGCGGUUUUGGGUCUAUGCUCAGGGCUAUUGGGGCCCAAAUUGAGAAGACUACAAACAGAGAGGCUUGUAGAGACUUGAGUGGUCGUCGUUUGCGCGAUAUAAAUGAGGAACAGCGACUAAAGAAUUGGAUUGCGGCACAAGCUGAGCGUGAAAAGGAAGCUGCUGAGAAAAAGCAAAAGAAAUUGGAGCGUUUGAUUGAACAACCAAAACAUGAAUUCAGAGAUGAAGAAUAUGAUAAAAUAAGGUCAGCGCUUCCAGAAAAAGUCGAAGAUGCUGUUAUUCAAGGUUUACAAGCGUCCUGUAGUACAAAAAGGAAAUCGGAUGAGAGUAAAGGUGGCGUUAAAAAGAAAAAACCUAAAUUAUGGAUUGAUGAGGAGUUGAGUGAAUCAGAUACAGAUGUUGACAGUGAAGAUGAGACUAAAGCAAAUAUUGGAUCUAGUAAAGAAAUUACACAGUUUCAUAUUGCAAAACGACCUCCACCUCCACAGUAGCCUCUAAAUGGUUCA